GGGGGGGGUUGCUUCUGGAUGCGGUCACUGCUGCUGCUGCCUUGUUCUAAGUUCUGUGUGCCAGUAACUCCGGUGUUACCCACCGUGCCGCGCCUGUUCGCCGCACGGCGCUCUGUGACAGAUGUGCUCACAGAGUCGUUCUCAGUACCACCAGGCUGAGGGAUACGAUGGUUAGAAAUUGGGCAUCUUGCAAUUCCUCAGUAGGAGCUGCCAGCUGCGUGAAUGAUCAUAUCUUUGUUUCCUGAUUUUUUUUUCUUAAUGGAAUACAUAUUAAAAAUAAAAUGACUUAAUAAAGAAAGAGGAACUGGGGAUGGAAAGGGCUUCUUUGUUCUGUCUUCUCCAGAACGUUACAAGUCUAAGAGCUCAGGACAAGAGCAGCAGAAAUACAUGCAACAUGGUGACUGGAACCCUGAGGACCUUGCAAUAUGAAUAAUUCUCUGGAGAACACCAUUUCCUUUGAAGAAUACAUCCGUGUGAAGGCACGAACGAUCCCCCAGCACAGGAUGAAGGAGUUUCUAGACUCCCUUGCUUCCAAGGGGCCAGAAGCUCUCCAGGAGUUUCAACAGACAGCCACCACCACAAUGGUGUAUCAGCAGGGUGGCAACUGCAUUUACACGGACAGCACAGAGGUGGCUGGGUCUUUGCUUGAACUUGCUUGCCCUGUGACAACCAGUAUCCAGCAACAAACUCAGCCAGAGCAGCAGAUACAGGUUCAGCAACCCCAGCAAGUCCAGGUUCAGGUCCAGGUCCAGCAGUCACCGCAGCAGGUCUCCGCCCAGCAGCUCUCUCCACAGCUCUCUGUCCAUCAGGCUUCAGAGCAGCCAAUACAGGUCCAAGUGCAGAUCCAAGGCCAGGCUCAGCAGCAGGCAUCCCAGACAAUACAGAGUCAGUCUCUUCAGAGCCCCAGCCCAUCGCAGCUGCAGGCAGCUCAGAUCCAAGUGCAGCACGUGCAGACUGCCCAACAGAUCCAGGCUGCAGAGCUACAGGAGGAACACAUACAACACCAGCAGAUCCAGGCCCAGCUUGUGGCAGGACAGGCCAUUACUGGUGGCCAGCAGAUCCAGAUCCAGACAGUCGGGGCACUGUCACCCCCACCUUCUCAACAAGGCUCCCCACGAGAGGGAGAGAGGCGGAUUAGCUCUGCGAGUGUCCUUCAGCCAGUGAAGAAACGUAAAGUGGAUAUGCCUAUUACUGUAUCGUAUGCUAUUUCAGGGCAGCCAGUUGCCACAGUGCUGGCCAUUCCUCAGGGCCAGCAGCAAAGUUAUGUCUCUUUAAGGCCAGACUUGUUAACAGUGGACAGUGCCCACCUGUACAGUGCCACUGGGACCAUUACUAGCCCCACUGGAGAGACAUGGACCAUCCCUGUUUACUCCGCUCAGCCACGUGGUGACCUUCAGCAGCAGAACAUAACCCACAUUGCUAUCCCUCAGGAGGCCUACAAUGCCGUCCACGUCAGUGGCUCACCCACAACACUGGCUACAGUGAAGCUGGAAGAAGACAAGGAUAAGAUGGUGGGAAGUACUUCAGUAGUGAAGAACUCUCACGAGGAAGUGGUGCAGACUCUUGCUAAUUCGAUCUUUCCAGCACAGUUUAUGAAUGGCAACAUCCACAUUCCAGUGGCAGUGCAGGCUGUGGCAGGGACAUACCAGAAUACAGCACAGACAGUGCACAUAUGGGACCCACAGCAGCAACAGCAGCAGCCCACACCCCAAGAGCAGGGGCAGCAGCAGCAACUACAAGUCACUUGUUCAGCUCAAACUGUUCAGGUUGCUGAAGUUGAACCACAGCCACAGCCGCAGACUUCUCCUGAACUUCUACUUCCAAACUCUCUGAAGCCAGAAGAAGGUCUUGAAGUGUGGAAAAGCUGGGCACAGACCAAGAAUGCAGAGCUGGAAAAAGAAGCCCAAAAUAGGCUAGCACCUAUUGGAAGGCGUCAGCUGCUGAGGUUCCAGGAAGAUCUCAUCUCUUCAGCUGUGGCUGAGCUGAAUUAUGGUCUGUGCUUAAUGACACGAGAAGCUCGGAAUGGUGAUGGUGAACCCUAUGAUCCUGAUGUGCUCUACUAUAUCUUCCUGUGUAUUCAGAAGUAUCUCUUUGAAAAUGGCCGAGUCGAUGACAUCUUCUCAGAUCUCUACUAUAUUCGGUUCACUGAAUGGCUGCAUGAAGUUCUUAAGGACAUACAGCCUCGUGUUUCACCUCUUGGUUACAUCCUCUCCAGUCAUGUAACAGAAGAGAUGCUGUGGGAGUGUAAGCAGCUUGGAGCUCACUCCCCUUCCACCUUGCUCACUACACUGAUGUUUUUUAAUACGAAAUACUUCCUGUUGAAAACAGUAGACCAGCACAUGAAGCUGGCCUUCUCCAAGGUGCUGAGACAGACCAAGAAGAACCCUUCUAAUCCCAAGGAUAAAAGCACGAGUAUCCGCUAUAUGAAGGCUCCAGGCAUGCACCAGACAGGACAGAAAGUUACAGAUGACAUGUAUGCAGAGCAGACUGAGAAUCCAGAGAACCCCCUGAGGUGUCCGAUAAAGCUGUAUGACUUCUACCUCUUCAAAUGCCCCCAGAGUGUGAAAGGCCGGAAUGACACGUUUUACUUGACACCGGAACCAGUGGUGGCCCCCAACAGCCCUAUCUGGUAUUCCAUCCAGCCGAUCAGCAGAGAGCAGAUGGAGCAGAUGCUCACCCGGAUCCUGGUGAUACGAGAGAUUCAGGAAGCUCUUGCCGUGGCUAAUGCCAGCACCAUGCACUAAGGCAUCCUUCGUGGCUCAGAUGGGGUGGGGCAGGGUGAUGGGGGAGGGACAAGCAAAGAGAAAUUGUACAGACUUUUACACUAAAGGAGAUGCCUAAGUUUUUGGUUUUUUAUUGGUGUAGUUAUGAAGCCCUUUUAGGCUUCUUCUCUUUAAAAGAAUCUAAAGGAAAACCUACCCAUUGUGUAUCCUACCCAACACACCAAACUGUUGGAACCAUUGGAGGCUGCAUAUCCCCUGCGAGCUGGGAGCUGUGGAAAGCUGCUGGUUGACUCUGGGUUUUUUUUAUGAUGUAGAAAACAUGAACUACAGGAUUGGCCUGGUUGGCUGGGGCCUCUGUCUCCUUGGAGCACGUGCAGCCUAGAGGGCACAGAAUGAUGGAUGGACCUGCUCAGCCAGUGGAGGAGAGGCAGGCAUCUUCUUUUCUUGUGCUUGGACGUUAAUUUGCUGUUAUCUUGGAAGAAAGAGGAGAGAGUGAACUGCAAUUAUGAUUUAUACAAAAAAACAAACCAACAAUUUCUAUUCAGACCUUUAAGUGACAUUUUUAGAUGUUAAAAGUACAAACUUUACCACACUCUUCUUUUUUGGCCUAACAUUGAGGCCUUAAAGCUUGAGGCUUCUGUGCCUGAUGGAAUUCUUGUAACAUACACUUGUGUAUCAUAUAAAGAUACCACCCUGUUUCUCUUAUGUAUUCUUACUCUAGUUGUUUAUUAAGAAUGACGAGCACGUCUUUUCAACA